UAAAUAAUGAACCAAUUGUGCAAAUAUUGACAUCCUUCUAUAAAACUGUUACGUCCACAAUUAGUACAAACUAUUUCGACAAGGAAGCCUCAUUGAAAACAGAAAAUGAGAUCUAUCGUACUUUUGGUAACGAUUCUAGCCCUCACAGCGCUUGUCUGCGCUCAAAGAGCAAAAGGUUUCAAAGGAAACUUGCAGAAAGACUGGGAAAAGACCUUAGAAGAAGCAGAAAAUAAAAUUAAGCUAGAAAUUAAGAAUCAUCCAGGACAGGAAAGUGCAUUUAUGGAUAUACUAAGAGAAUUAGAGCAACUUAAACAGCAUAAGAUAAAACCAAAUGAUUUCUUCAUAAAGAUGAUACAAGCUGUCUAGAGAACCAAGAAACAAGAAAAUCCAAUGCGGUGUUGUAAUGUAUCAAAAUAAAGCUAAAGGAAUGAAAUGAACUUGUUCUUUUAUUUUCUUCCAAGCCUUUAAUUCUACUUAAUUCUAUUAUUAUUUAUCUACACAUUUUUUUUUUUUUGUUCGAAGUCUUUUUCACACCACUGUGAUAAGGGGCACAGCUGACUUCAAG